UUCUCCAGUUGAGUUUAGGAUUUUCCCAAACAUUUCCUUGGACUAUUUCCCAAACUUCCGCGAAAAUUCCUUCCUCGAAAAAGUUCACUUCAAUUAUCCCUUCUCCAACCUGCUUGAUCUUGUUGAACACCAAAGUCCAACAAUGGCUCCUCCGCACCCGCUCCAUAGCACGGGUUCGAGCCCCCAAACCCUCCAAUUCCUAAGCAACGUCCUUUCACAGCGUGGUCCAUCCUCCCUCCCAUACUCCGAGGACGUAAAGUGGCUAAUCCGUCAACACCUUGUCUCUCUCACCGACACAUACCCUUCUCUUCAACCCAAAACCGCAACUUUUACGCACAACGACGGUCGCACCGUCAACCUCCUACAAGCCGAUGGCACUGUUCCUAUGUUGUACCAAGGCGUCACAUACAACAUCCCCGUCGUUAUUUGGCUUAUGGAAUUGUACCCACGUCAUCCUCCUUGCGUAUUCGUCACACCAACUCGUGAUAUGAUCAUCAAACGACCGCACCCUCAUGUUACUCCUUCUGGUAUGGUUAAUAUCCCUUAUUUGCAGAAAUGGAUUUACCCUAGCUCUAAUCUUGUUGAUUUAGCUCGUGAUUUGAGUCAUUAUUUCGGUCGAGAUCCUCCUCUUUAUUCGCAGAGGAAACCUGAUUUGGGUUCUAUUGUUAAUCAUACCCAUAGUGCUAGUCCUAGUUUAACUGGGAAUUUGUCGAAUUCGGGGUUUUCGGGUUCGAUGAGUUCUGGCUCUGUGGGGCAUCCUGGGAUGCCAGUGCCACCUAGGGUUUUUCCACCAUCCCCUUAUGUGGGGAGUGGAAGGGUUAUGCCGCCUUCGCCGCAGAGGGCAAAUGGGACGGAUGAUCCGAACGAGGUGUUUAAGAGGAAUGCUGUUAAUAAGCUUGUGGAGAUGGUACAUGGGGAUGUUGUAGGGUUGAGGAAGACGAGGGAGGCAGAGAUGGAAGGUUUGUUUAGUGCUCAAGCGAGUUUGAGGCAGCGGGAGGAGGAAUUGAAUAAGGGGUUGAAGGAGAUGUUGGAUGAGAAGGAAGGGCUGGAACAGCAGUUGCAGAUGGUUUUGACCAAUGCGGAUGUUUUGGAAGGGUGGUUGAGGGAAAACGAGGAGAAGAUGUCUAAGAUUGGGAAUGAUAUUGAUGUUGAUGAUGCAUUUGAGCCUUGUGAUGUUCUUUCGAAGCAGAUGAUUGAGGCAAGCGCUUUUGAUUUGGCGAUAGAGGAUGUUAUUUAUUCCUUGGAUAAGGCGGUUCAGGAAGGAGUAAUUCCUGUUGAUCAGUACUUGAAGAAUGUGAGGCUGUUGUCGAGAGAGCAGUUUUUCCACCGGGCUACUUCUGGGAAAGUUAGAGCCGCUCAGAUGCAAGCUCAUGUUGCUAGCAUGGCUGCCAGAUCAUCACAUUAUGUUAUGUGAGCAGGACUCAGCGAAUGGAAACGCACUUCCUAGCCAGGGUUCUGACUUUGUUGCAGGAUUAUAUGUUGAAGUAAACAUUUGAAGCGAACUGGAGUUCGUAAGUAGCCUAUAGAUAGUCCAUGAACGAAGUCAUUGUUGGACUGGUUGAUGUAGUUUUUCCAGUGAGUUUGACAUAGAAUGGAUGAAGGAAUGGUGCUAUUGAAUACGAUUUUGGGUGUAAAAUUGUUUAUAACGUACUACAGUCUAUGGUCAUAAAUUAUGUACAAUGAGAUAAAGAUUUAGUUCUAUUAUUGGAAAUACUUUUUUUGACUUUGCCUGUACAUUGUUGAGUUCUAUGAACAAGAGACAAUAGUUAUUGUUAUGUGAUAUGAGAUAGUACUUAGGAUGUUGGCCUUAAUUUUUCGAUUGUA